AUGGCCGCCUUCGAUACCUACCAGACAACCCUCACGGGCCGCUACUGCAGCCAGGAGCUGUCCCACCUCUUCAGCCAGCGCUCCCGCCACUCCACCUGGCGCAAGCUAUGGCUCUACCUCGCCGAGAGCGAGAAGGAGCUCGGCAUCAACACCAUCACCGACGAGGCGCUCGAGCAGAUGAGGGCCAAUCUCACUGUCACCGACCAUGACUUUGAGGUUGCGCGUCAUGAGGAGAAGAUCCGUCGUCAUCACGUUCAUGCUUUUGGUCAAGCUGCCCCCGCUGCGGCUGGUAUCAUCCACUACGGCGCGACGAGCUGCUACGUCACCGAUAACACGGAGCUCAUCCUCAUGCGCGAUGCUCUCGAUCUUCUCAUCCCCAAGCUCGCCAAGGUUCUCUACAACCUGCAGCAAUUCGCCCUCGAGUGGAAGAACGAGCCAACUCUGUCCUUCACACAUCUCCAGCCUGCCCAGAUCAGCACCGUCGGCAAGCGAGCUGCGGGUUGGGCGCAGGAUCUUUUGAUGGAUCUCAAUGAGUUUGAGCGCGUGCGCGCUGAGCUCAAGUUCCGUGGUGCGCAGGGAACUACCGGUACUCAGGCCAGUUUCCUCGAGAUUUUUGGUGGUGAUCAUGAGAAGUGUGAUAAGCUCAAUGAGCUGCUCUGCCAAAAGGCUGGGUUUGAGGAGUGCUACGACAUCUCAACACAGACAUACACCCGAAAGGUCGAUUGUCUCAUCGCCAACGCCGUCACUGGCCUCGGCACCACCGUCACCAAGAUCGCCUCCGAUCUGCGACAUCUCGCCUUCAUGAAGGAAGUCGGCGAGCCCCGAGAGAAGGGUCAAAUCGGAAGCAGCGCCAUGGCCUACAAGCAGAACCCCAUGCGAUCUGAGCGUAUUGCCAGUCUCGCCCGAGUCCUCCAGUCCAAGGCCGCUACUUACCAGAGCACCCACUCCGCUCAGUGGAUGGAGCGAUCCCUUGAUGAUUCCGCCUGCCGACGAAUUGACAUCCCCGAGAUGUUCCUCCUCGCCGACGCCGUCGCCAUCACCCUCCAGAACGUCACAGAGGGUCUCGUCGUUUUCCCCCUCAAGAUCCACUCCAACAUCAUGGCCGAGCUCCCCUUCAUGAUCACCGAGAACAUCAUCAUGCGCCUCGUCGCAAUGGGUGUGUCCCGACAAGAGGCUCACGAGCAAAUCCGCGUCCUCUCCUUCGAAGCAUCCCACCAGGUCCAGAGCCUCGGAAAGUCUAACGAUCUCGUUGAGCGGAUCAAGAAGACCGAGUUCUUCAAGCCCAUCUGGGCUGAUCUCGAUGGCAUGAUGAAGCCGGAGCUGUACAUUGGUCGCAGUGCGCAGUUGGUCGAUAAGUUCUGUGGACCGGGUGGUAAGUUGGAGAAGAAGCUUGCGCCUUACCAGGAGUCUAUCCAGAAGGCUAAGGCUGCUGAGCUGAAUGUUUAA